AUGGAUAACUACGAUUCCCUACUACUACAGCUUGCGGCGCCCUUGGUGUUUGUGGAUUUAGAGACUCCGGUGCCGAUAUCGGAGAAGAUCAAACAUAAUCUCCAUCGAAGCAUUGCCAUCAACAACAUAGACACCAGAGUAUGGGAUAAUUGCAUUAUACUGAAUCGUCUAAAUCGGGCCAAGUAUCGGUUCCAGUACCGAAAAUAUGAAGCAAUAGACUCUAAAGGCAGUUCAAAAUUAUCUCCGUUCCACCCUGAAUCAGAUAUCUACCCCAAUGGGAUCAUAAGCAGUAAGUGGUUUGAGAAAUACAUGAAGGAUAUACCCUUUGCGGUGAUAACGGUGUAUCAAUUGAGUGAGGAUCCAGCGCAUGAUAUCAGAAUCAUUAAUGAAAUCAACAAUAAUGGUGGAUGCGGUGACUCAUUCACUCAGAUCUCGGUUCUAGCGUGUAGUCAGCUGAAAGAUAUGGAUAGAAUAGACAAGAUUAAGCUGGUGAUUCAUACCAAAAUGGUAUAUUUGAUUGACGAUUCACAACAAUUACCGAAGGAUACGGAUGUGUUGGUAUCUUCAUUAAUCAACAGUUUAAAACAGUCGAGUCAUUCAUUUUACAGUGGCUUGGAAACAAGAAUCAGAAACCGGAACUCCAAGUUCUAUGCCUAUCCGAGUGAAAUUGACCAUAUUGACACCAAGAUCACCAUUUCACCGAAGAUCCUUGAGACUCGGAAUCUUAUCAAACAAGCAAUGGUAAGUCAGUUCUCUAAUAUGCAACAUCUUGAACCGUCUAUCAAACUACUUGAAGCUGCGUAUCAAGCGCAGAUAGCUUUGCUUAAACAGCAUAUCGAUGUAUUUGAAGACGCUCCUUCUACUCAUGACCAGCAAUUAUAUUUCCAACUUCGAACGGCCAUUGACAUCACUGCUUUCCACAUAGUCAGAGCCCAUCUUUCAUUAGAAGACCCUAUAAACGCAUUGAAGAAACACCAAGCACACAUUAUGAAUGUUCAGAACGUUGUGAAGACUAAGACUAACGAAAGCAAUUGGCAAUCUAUUCAAUAUGAAUGGCUAGCAGAUUUGCUUUCACUUGUACCUGAUUCUAUAAUACAAGCCAUUCAACAAUAUCAUCCUUCUUCAAAGAAGGCCGUGGCCAAUCAAAAAAUGGUCCACUUCUUUGGUGGAUUCCAGUUGAAAGAUAAGAACAUGACCAUUAUAACCGAAUCGGCAUUCAUCUAUUCCAAGUCAUAUGAUUGUUUAAAGAGUCUUACAACCUUACCUGAACCCGAACUGAUCUACAUGUCUUGCAAAGAUUCAUCUCUAGGGUUAACCAAAAAGAGAGCGACUCUAUUAGAGAAUGCAUUAUCGGCGUUAUCUACAAAUUCCUUAGAACUGAAUGAAGAAGAAGACUAUAAACAUUUUAUUGCAUAUUUGAACUGGCAAGUUGCCCAAGAGUAUUUGCAAAUGUCCGACGAUACUACUGUAUUGGUUAAGGCUUCGAACUUGUUAAAGACAGCUUUAAGCCAUUUCCAAGAUAAUCAUUGGAGUCUUGUUAAGGAAAAGAUUAUUGAAAAGUUGAUUGAAAUAGGCAUAAAACUUGAUAGCAACCCUGAACAAGUUGUUCUUUUUACUUUAAAGCUUUUACGUAUGAAAAACCUUUUUUCAAUCACCAAACACUUUGAAUUUCAAUUCCCCUCAGAAUUCACUAUGGAUAUAAAUGUGCCUUAUUUCGACACAACUGUCUUACUAGCUCCUCAAUUUGGAGCAAAAGACAUUAGAAUUAAUGAUGUGUGCUUUACCCAAAUAGAAUUAAAGCCCACCAUUCAUAGGAACACUUUUCACCGACUUUUCCCUGGUUCAGAAUACUCUUUGGUUAUUAAUCAACUUGAUGUUGAAUACACUCGAGUAGAUGGGAGAAGAACUGGAACCAAAUCGUUUCCUUCAAUUACGUUGAACCAUGAUCCAACACGUGAACUGUUAAAGGUGACCCAAGUUGAUGAUUCAAAUGAAUUAAACCUUUCAUUUGACGGAAUGGAGAACAAAGUGAUUUUAUACUCACAAGAAGCUGAUUGUGUGGGUCAUCAUAAGAUUCAAACAUUAAGAUUCCAAAGUACUUUGGUUAUUAAGAAUGAGAAAUUCGUCUUAAUAUUGCAUUCAUCAUGGGAGGAUAAUUUGGAUCAAAUAAACCGGACCAACCAGCUUGUAUCGACCAAUUUCUAUCAGCUGAAAGCUCUUCAUCCGACAAAGCUAAGACUUAAUGGAAGAAUGCCUCACACUAUUAAAAUAUCACCAUUGGUUCCUGAUGUGACAAUUGAUUGGAACAACCAAGAAUUGUCCAAUAUCACCAUUGGAGAAAAGGUUGAAAUCCCCUUGGCUAUUGAAUAUAAAAAGCCACACAAACAUGCAUAUAACAGUAUCAAACUUCAAGCUAAUGUUGGAGUUCUGGAUUCCAAUAGUCGAUUAUCCACCAGAUCUUACUGGGAAGGGUUUAAAGAUGACGAAUCGAUUCCAUUAGAUGUUGGACACACUAAUGUUCGAUUAUUUAUUUCAUUAAUUGGGCCUUCAGAAGUUACCGACAACUCUUCUUCCGUGGAGGAAGUUACCAUUAAUUUGAAAGUACUAAUUGUGGAUGAGGAGGAAACUGAUGAAGCUGAUGUAGCUGAUGAAUUAAUUAAUGAUAGUGGAUAUGAUUUGAGUGUUGUUGUUGAGCCUAUUUCAAUGGUAUUUGACAUUAAAACAUAUGGUUUACCCAUAAUUUCCAGUCCGUUCAAUGCCAAGUUCGUCAUUCUACCAAGAUACAGAUCAGAGCCUGGGUUUAACGAUAUGCCUGUUCCUUUCAUACUUGAUGACCAUGCACAUGAUUCUAAGAGUAGUUAUUCAAUGCCAGCAGUGACCAGGGUUUGGCUUGGAAGUCUUUCGCUUUUGGAACCAAAGCUUAAGAAUAUCAAAAUUGAUGACGUCAAGUUCUCCAUGACUACCUCUAACCAAGACAUGAUGAUUUCAAAACAAGAACAGAACAACAACAAUAUGUCAAUGUUUACAGAACUCUUCUCCACAAAGAGUAAGAUGGGCUUUUCACAUCGGAAUGUUAUGAUACUGACCAAUGCUACAUUGAAGUAUCAUAGACUGCAAACACCUAACAUUACCAAUGAAUAUACCACCCGAAAUUGGGAUAUCUUACUCCCAUUAUCUGACCCCAGAGUUUUGGUUACCUUGACUAACGUUAACAAGACUUUGAAUACUGUUACUUUGAAAUAUAUCAUCGAAAACCCAUCUCCACGGGUGUUCACAUUCAAUACCGAGUUGCAAUUGGACGAAUUGUCUUCUUCAUCAUGGACACUAGACGAAGAACUGCUGCUGCUGCCUCCAUUGAAGCAAUUUGAAAUGCCAGUGAUGCCUUUCAAUAGACAUGUUGUUGAGUUCAAAGCCAGAUAUAAUGAUUUCAAACAUAAUCUAACACCCCUACCUUUGUUUAAAGUGUACGAUGUUCACUAUCAUGUUUGGUUACCUACACUUUCGGUUGACUCCAAUCUAUUCAUCUACAACAAGAGACUACAUUGGCAGAUUAAUGGCCACAGUUAA